GUGCGGCUGGGUACGGCCGGGCCGCGGACUCCCCUCGGCACCUCCUCUGCUCGGCGCCGCCCCUGCCUGCUCCCCUCGGGCCCGGAGCCAUCCCUCGGCCUGUCAGCCUCGCUCCUUUGUGGCUUUCAAAAAUUGAAAUGUAGGGGAAGGCGAGCGAGUUCCCCAAACCGCGACGCCCCUGCUGCACUCCCUGGAUGAGUAAGGGUUUAACCUUGGCGACAGCUGGGGCGAAUCCCUCUCCCACUUUGCAGUAAAGCUGUUUCAUCAUCGCUGGUGUGGGAAACCCUGCUGGACCCGAGAUUCUCUGACAGCAGGGUUGAGGUUUGAAUCAAGAAAUGGAUUUGUCGGAAUCGUUUUUACUGACUCAAACCGGAUUCCCAGUGGGGUGGGGGAAGAUCAGGCUGAGAAUUGAGGCUUCUUAAGAUAUUUGUCGUCAUUUACUGCCAUAAUCUCGUGUGUCUGCGCCCCAAAUUCCUCCAUACACUUUUUUUUUUCAAACACUGUUUGAAGUCUGUUGGUGGGGAUCGAGUGGGCGAAAUGUAGACCCUUUUUCUUUCCAAGAUGAGCGCAUCUGGAUCUAUUGCAAAUGGAGAACUUGCGUGCAGGGAGGAUUCCAAAGGUGUCAGCGUUGAUGAGAAUUUGCCAACCUCUCUGUAAGAAUAAGUCUUGUCCUUGCCUUCAGUACAUUCUCUCUGGAAUGACCAUGGACAAAAGUGAGCUGGUACAGAAAGCCAAACUUGCUGAGCAAGCUGAGCGCUAUGAUGAUAUGGCUGCAGCUAUGAAGGCUGUAACAGAACAGGGACAUGAACUCUCCAAUGAAGAGAGAAAUCUACUCUCUGUUGCCUACAAGAAUGUGGUAGGUGCCCGCCGGUCUUCCUGGCGUGUCAUCUCCAGCAUCGAACAGAAAACAGAGAGGAAUGAGAAGAAACAGCAGAUGGGCAAAGAGUACCGUGAGAAGAUAGAGGCUGAGCUGCAGGACAUCUGCAAUGACGUGCUGGAGCUGUUGGACAAAUAUCUCAUUCCUAAUGCUACGCAGCCAGAAAGCAAGGUGUUCUACUUGAAAAUGAAAGGAGACUAUUUUAGGUAUCUUUCUGAGGUUGCAUCUGGAGACAAUAAACAAACCACUGUGUCGAACUCUCAGCAGGCUUACCAAGAAGCAUUUGAAAUUAGUAAGAAAGAAAUGCAGCCUACACACCCGAUCCGACUUGGCCUGGCGCUGAAUUUCUCAGUCUUUUACUAUGAGAUUCUAAACUCUCCUGAAAAGGCCUGCAGCCUGGCCAAAACGGCAUUUGAUGAAGCAAUUGCUGAACUGGAUACGCUGAAUGAAGAGUCUUACAAAGACAGCACCCUGAUCAUGCAGCUGCUCAGGGACAACCUCACUCUCUGGACAUCAGAAAACCAGGGAGAUGAAGGAGAUGCUGGAGAGGGAGAAAACUAAUGUCUGUCAUGCUGUGUGAUCUCUUUGGUGUCACUCUGUAUCCUCCACAUUAUGUCCCUUUGUGCGAUAAACAAAAACAAAAAAAUCGAAUGUUGACUUUCGAUUUUUCACAGCCUAAGCCUAGCAAAAAUGGUCCCUGGGAUAAACAGCUGGUAUUUGUAUCUAAAACUCAGACUGGUCCCUUAAAUGCCACGGCAUUUCUGAAGUCUUGAUUUUUGAUCAACAUUGACAAGGAUUACUGUAUGUUUAAUUUUUACAAACUGAACACUGUGAUUAUGGGGUUUUGUAAUUUAGCAGAGCUCUUACUGGUAGGAAAAAUAGACCUGAAUUAUGUAUAACUUUUUGGAAAGUUUAAUCUGAUAUCAGAAUAGUCACUGAAAAUACAAUUCUGUUGUAAAGUUGUACAGAAAGUUCUAGAGAUUCUGUUGUGAUGCCGGGACUUAGGGUGAGAUGCUUACCAUUGGCACCCUGAGUUUGGUGACUCACGGUAAUUCUGCCUAUGGUUGAUGGCUUAUUGACGCUUGAUCAAUAUGGGCUGUUGCCACUCAAAAGUUCAUGACCACAAAUAUCUGCAGUGUCUUCUCCUGAGGAAACUCAAAACCUGAAAGUGAAAUUCUUUAGCUGAUAAUUGGGCUAUGACACCACAAAAAAGGUCCCGUGCUCAUACCACAUCUGUGACUAAACCCCUUUACUACAGCAGUGUGUUCCUUAUUAGCAACUUGUGAAAGCAGAGAUCUAUUUCUGUUACCCCCUAGCUAAAGGAGAGAAAAAGAGAGAGCAGUCUGUCUUAGGAAUGGCCAUACUAGUUUGCUGGAUAAUUCCUUUAAGGACACUGUUCUGGGGAGAUGGUCUCUUGUCUGAGGAGCACUCCUAGUCUUGGAGGGUGGGUCUUCCUAGCUUGGAGGGUGGGAACUUGGAGAUUUAACAUUCUUUCCGUCCUGUCCUUCUGGCUGCUGACUUUGGUUUUCUCCUCUUUAAAUUUACAGCUUUCUGCUUCCUUGGGUGUUUUCUUUUGGAAGCCUUUAUUUGUUGUUACUGUAUGGACAGGGGCGAGGCAUUGAGCACAUUGGGGAGCAAGCCUUGCUUCAAGGUGUUGGGAAAGGUGGCCCGCCAGCACCGUCACCCCCGUCUUCCUGCAGCUCUCGGCACAGUCGUUGUUCAUUCCAUGACUGAAUCAAAAGAAGUCUCUUUAAGUAGCCAUGAUUUCUCCCUGUUGCAAUCAGCCCUGAUAGUGCUUGUUAGUACCUGUCACCAGACCCUCCCAGUGUACCCAUCCAGCUUAGUUCUCAGACUUGUCAAACAAGACCCUGUAACACAGGGAAGUUGCAUGGCCACUACAGUAGAGAGCUCCAACAGCAGCCAGGCCUGACAGUCUCACAGUAUCACCCCUCUACCUUGACAUUCCAUGGAGCUGUAGAAUCCAUCUGUUUGUCCAUCUGCUGAAGUGAGAAAAGAAUUCAUGCACUGAUUUAAAACCAAAAAACAAAACAAAAAAACAAAACAAAAAAAAAACUAAAAACAAAAAACAAAAAAAAAAAAUCCCUUCUUUCUAGCUAAACAAAAAUGUGCAGUUAAUACUUGGCGCUUGACAACGCAGUAGUGAGUGUGGACCCAAGCCUGUCUGUAUAUCUGGUAGCUCUUUGCUUUGUUUCUUCCUUACCAGUAUUCUGCCUAACGUUUGCUUCUGUGGUGGUUAUAUUUACCUAGCAAGCACACCUGUGGUUGUGAAAAUAGUAUAGCAAAAAGAAAAAGAAAACCCUGGUUACUGAUGUACUAGAUUCGUGUGUGUCUUUUAAGCAUUCUAGUUUCACCUUACCCGGAGGAAUCAGGAAAAUGUAAAAACUCAAAAGUGAAAUAAACGUUUUAUCAGUUA